UAUCCCUAUUAGCUUUCAAUAAAAAGAUUAAGCAUAUUAUGAGUAACAUCUGCCUUUGAAGUCACACCACCAAGAUGCUAUGAGUAACUUGAUAUUGACUUGUGCUACACCUGUAGGGUAAGAGGAAACAUCCUGCCUCGUUUCGGGUAAAUAAAGACAGUGCCAAGAUGCUCUGAAGUAAAUGGCAAGAAUAAAAGUAUCUCCAUGCCUCCAGUCAAUAUGUAAAUGCACCUGCUAGGCACCUGCCUAGUCAUACACACCGGCACACUUUAUUUUAAACUUACAGAUGAGGACAGGAUCGACUUGCAAUGAAUACCAUGACCAGCGUUAAGCACACCAUGGAUUACAUGGUUUAGGAGCUAAGCAUUGAUAGUCAUUGUUUUAAAAAGAGCCACAUUCUUGGCGCAGUGCUGUUCCAGGGCCUGAUCAUGAUUGACUUCGGAGAGAUCCUCAGACAUGUCGGAGAAUUGGGAUUAUUUCAGAAGUUGCUCCUGCUCGCCCUUUCGUUCCCGAAUAUGAUCCUGUCUUUAAACUACGGGAGUUUGCUCUUUGUGGAAUCAGACCCGGAGCGCCACUGUAACACAGACUGGAUCCUGGGGGCCGGUCCCAACCUGACAGAAGAGGAGCAGCUACACCUUACCGUUCCCCGCGAGCCGGAUGGCUCCUUCAGCCGCUGUCUGAUGUACGCUCCGGUGGACUGGACACUGGACUCCAUCCGCCGAUACGGCCUCAACCACACCACCGCCUGCCGGGACGGAUGGGUGUACGACCAGACCCUGUACCAGGCCACCAUAGUCACUGAUUUUGAUCUUGUUUGUGACCAAGCUAACCAGGAGAAGAUCGCACAGACAGUAUUAAUGUCUGGAUAUCUUCUUGGCUCCCUCUUAUUUGGAUACUUUGCCGAGUCAAUUGGCCGGAAGCGUGCAAUACAAAUACCGACAGUGCUUUUGAUGAUCUUCAUCGUGGCAGCUGGAUUCUGUCCAAACUACUACCUUUACAUCGGGACUCAGUUCAUGUCUGGGGUCGGGAUGGGAGGCUACCGAGUCAACAGCAUUGUGCUUGUGACCGAAUGGAUGGGCACUGCCAAGCGGUCUCUUGGCUUGUGUGUUUGUCAAAUAUUUAAUUCUCUUGGAAGCAUGUCCCUGGCGGGCAUCAUGUACCUGAUCCGGGACUGGAGGCAGGCGCAGCUGGCCAUCGCCACCCCCAUGGCCCUGGCCGUCAUCUACAUAUGGUUUAUUCCCGAAUCAGCACAAUGGUUGUUGAAGCAGGGGAAGACAGAGGAAGUGAAAAAGCUGAUUCUUAAAGCGGCAGCCAUCAACAAACAAACAGUUCCAGAAUCUCUCCUGGAUAAGAUUUCUGAGAAAACGAUUGAGGAGAAAGGCGUAAUGGACCUUUUAAUCCAAUCCUGUAUACUAAAGUAUUUCGUUAUCAUAACCUUUAUAUGGUUCUCCAUUAACCUCGCCUACCUGUGUGUUGUCUUCAACAUCUCCAACCUGGGACUGAACAUCUUCCUCACCCAGUUCAUGUUCGGCCUCAGCGAGAUGCCGGCCCACAUCCUUUGUAUCUGGCUGCUGGAGAUACGGGGCAGGAAGGUCUCCCUCAUGGCCACGGCUCUCCUCGGGGGAUUCUUCAGCUUAUUAGUCGUCAUGGUUCCCAGAGACCAAGCCCUCCUUGUUGGCGUCUUGGUCAUCACAGGGCAGUUUUUCUUGAUCUGGGGGAUGUCCAUAUGUCAUAUUUACAUCCAGGAGCUGUUUCCCACAUCCAUAAGACACACGGCCACGGGACUCUCCACCUUGGUGGUGAGGCUGGCGGGGCUGCUGUCCCCGCUGCUCAACCUGCUUGCGGUGUACCACUGGACCAUACCCAUCAUAGUGUUCAGCACCCUGGCCCUGGGGGGGGGGGCCCUCACCUUCAUGCUCCCAGAGACCCGGGUCGUGGACCCUCCGGACCCCCUGGACCAGAUGGAGGCCAUGGACCAAGAGGGCAAGCAGAAGUCGGACGACGGCUCGGGUGAAAAGACCAAGACGUAGUAGAAAUGUGUGUGUCAACGUUUGAAUGUUUUACAUUGUUAAAGGGCCCCUAUUUGAGGCUGAUAAUUACGAAAUGCCUCGUAAUGACGAGGUUGGAAAAAGGGAACCUUUAACUUUGUUGUGUCAUGAAUGUUGAACUGAUAAAUGUGUACAGAUUGUCCUGUUUUGAGAUUAUUAAUUGAAAAGCGGACACUUAUUGUGUGCAAUAACCGUAACUUGAAGUAGAGAUUAUGAGACCUUUUGGAGACACAGUUUCCAAACCUACAACAGUAAGGGUAUCCCUUCAGAAUAAGGCCACAUUAUUUAACCAUAUUUAACAGUAUUUAUUGCAGUAUAAAGCAUUAUUAUAUAGAAGUAGCAUCAGGGUUAGGGUUAAAGCUACGGUUAGUGUUCGGAUUAGGGUUAACUAAUCAUGUAUCACUCCUCUUUACAGGUAAUUCUAAUAACCAUUAAUUACAGUCUGAUCAAGCGGUUUUCUCGUUGGCGUCUCCCUUGCCACCAUAACCUUAUUUCACUGUUGCACAAUAAAUGGAAACAUACAGAUACAUGUACAUAAUACAAAGCAGCUGGCCUGCGGUAAUGUGAAGAUCUACACAAAGUAGAAAGCUAUUGUGCAGUAAAAUGUUUAUGUGUUGCUUGGUAACAAUCCAGUUGCAGAUCCUUUUCUGUUGACGGAACCAAAUAAAUGAGUAAAUAAACAAACAAAUCAUU